AUGUUUGAUGACGAUGCGCCAAACGCGGUCGAAGUUGAUACAGGCUCCUAUACGGAUUUAUCCACUAUAUCGAGGCUCCCCGAGGACGUGAUGCGCGAGAUCUUCUACGCCGUCGCGUCACUCGAACCUACCCCAGGGACACUGUUGUUUGAUGGCGUCGCAUGCGAAUCCGCUCGUACUUCUGGCUUACAAUGGAUGAGAUUGACGCACGUCUGUCGGAGCUGGAGGACGAUCAUACUCCGCAUGGCCGACCUGUGGGGCAGAGUUGCUUUCACUCUCCCGUACGAUACAGCCCUGCCUACACUGCUCGACCGCGCGCGGGACGCAGAUCUUGAUAUCGUCUCGAAGCUCCACCAACAAGACAUGGAAAUGAUACAACAUGAAGCAGACCAUUUACCGAGCGCACGAUCCUUGUUGAUCGCCAGUCGCCCGGACCGCCGUCUGCUAGAGUACUUGACGCAGAACGCCAUGCCCCGGCUUCGCUAUCUGGGUUUACGGGUCGAUCUUAACGAUAAACUUACUGUUGGAGCGCCACUCCUGUCAGAGCGCAUGGUAGAAGACAUCGUUGUGGACGCCCCCCGGCUUGCGACGCUGUCGCUUGACCUCUGGCGGUUCCGUGUGCAUCCGGAACCUCCCAUAGCUAUGCCCGGGCCCAGCCUGCGCUUUACCACCGAUUGCCUUCGAGCGCUCAUGGUCCGCGUGAGCGAUUACACUAUCUCGCAUGUCCACACGUUAGAGUGGAUCGUCGCGCUGCUACGCACCUCACCUCGUCUCGAGUCCUUCGCCCUGUCACUCUCCGGCCAACGCGCGGAACUCGAUUGGGACGCGGUGCUGAAGGAACCGGCACAGCUCUCGCAACUCAGGCGCUUCACCCUCGAGGACAGCUCUGGGUCGUAUGGCCCAGAUAUAAUCGCUCGCCUAUGUCCCUCGCCUCCGGCAUUCUUCUGUGCGUCGUUCGGCACUUUCCGCGGCAUCUCACCGAUGGCCGACAUAGGACCAGAACACCUACUCGAGCGUGCGAGCAACUUCGCCCGUCGCUAUGGAGGUUAUCUCUGCCGCGACAAUCACCGCGCCUUGCGAGUUCAGAUGCCGAAUAAUCCCAGGUUGCUCACUGUAGAGUCUUUCCCGACGAUGCACGACCCUGUCACCUUUGCUCCACGACAGAAACUCACCAGAGGCGUGGAUCCGCUGUCGACUUUCGCCGAGCUCACGGACAGCACCGUGCUUCACGUUGCAACAGGAUUCACCGAGCUUCCGAACCGACACGAGUGGUUCGGUGAGCUCGCGGAUCACAUUCAAGAGAAGGGCAAGGUCGAGCAGAUGUAUCUGCAGCUCGACCCCACUGGCUCCGGUGGAAGGGUGGACAUAUGCCGCGAGCGGUUGUUGCGGCCAAUGACCAGACUUCAUACGCUGUACCUCAUGAGUGAGAGACCUUUUGACGCGUAUGAGUAUGGGGACGCGUAUUGGAAGGAUAUAUCUCAGCUCCUCUGCGACGUGGCCCCGGACAACCCUGUUCUGUCGGCGCUUCAUACGUUACUCGUCAGCGUGGAGAUGCACCGUGUUGAUGAUGCGGACCAGCAUCCGGGGGAGCUGUUGGAUAUGUGGUUUAGCUCUCUCGCGAACCUCCUGGCUCGGAGACGUGCGGGAGGCGGCCCCAUACAGAUGCUACGCGUCGUUGGGUCGUGGGAGUCCGAAGAGCUCAGGCGGAGUAUGGCGCUAAAGACCGAAGGCCACCUGGCUCAGGUGGCCAAGUUCGUAAAAGAAGUCACGGAUGAACGAACGGUACUGUCAUAA